AUGCAGAUGGAGAAACUGUGUGCAUAUAGAAUCUAUACCGUCCUAGUUUUGCUGCAGAGAUUUUCUAUACCCUCCUGGACUCUCUCUCCUGUUCCAUCCCCUCUGCUGCUAUUAUGGAUUCUAUACCCUCCUGGUUCUGCAGUGGAGGACAAUCUAUACCCUCCUGGUUCUGCAUUGGAGGACAUUCUAUACCCCCUGGUUCUGCAGUGGAGGACAUUCUAUACCCCCUGGUUCUGCAGUGGAGGACAAUCUAUACCCUCCUGGUUCUGCAGUGGAGGACAUUCUAUACCCCCUGGUUCUGCAGUGGAGGACAUUCUAUACCCCCUGGUUCUGCAGUGGAGGACAAUCUAUACCCUCCUGGUUCUGCAGGGAAGGACAUUCUAUACCCUCCUGGUCCUGCAGUGGAGGACAUUCUAUACCCUCCUGGUUCUGCAGUGGAGGACAUUCUAUACCCUCCUGGUUCUGCAGUGGAGGACAUUCUAUAACCUCCUGGUUCUGCAGUGGAGGACAUUCUAUACCCUCCUGGUUCUGCAGGGGAGGACAUUCUAUACCCUCCUGGUUCUGCAGUGGGGGACAUUCUAUACCCUCCUGGUUCUGCAGUGGAGGACAUUCUAUACCCUCCUCGUUCUGCAGUGGAGGACAUUCUAUACCCCCCUGGUUCUGCAGUGGAGGACAUUCUAUACCCUCCUGGUUCUGCAGUGGAGGACAUUCUAUACCCCCCUAGUUCUGCAGUGGAGGACAUUCUAUACCCCCCUAGUUCUGCAGUGGAGGACAUUCUAUACCCUCCUGGUUCUGCAGUGGAGGACAUUCUAUGCCCUCCUGGUUCCUGCAGUGGAGGACAAUCUAUACCCUCCUGGUUCUGCAGUGGAGGACAUUCUAUACCUUCCUGGUUCUGCAGUGGAGGACAUUCUAUACCCCCCUGGUUCUGCAGUGGAGGACAUUCUAUACCCUCCUGGUUCUGCAGGGGAGGACAUUCUAUACACUCCUGGUUCUGCAGUGGAGGACAUUCUAUACCCUCCUGGUUCUGCAGUGGAGGACAUUCUAUACCCUCCUGGUUCUGCAGUGGAGGACAUUCUAUACCCUCCUGGUUCUGCAGUGGAGGACAUUCUAUACCCUCCUGGUUCUGCAGUGGGGGACAUUCUAUACCCUCCUGGUUCUGCAGUGGAGGACAUUCUAUACCCCCCUGGUUCUGCAGUGGAGGACAUUCUAUACCCUCCUGGUUCUGCAGUGGAGGACAUUCUAUACCCCCCUAGUUCUGCAGUGGAGGACAUUCUAUACCCCCCUAGUUCUGCAGUGGAGGACAUUCUAUACCCUCCUGGUUCUGCAGUGGAGGACAUUCUAUGCCCUCCUGGUUCCUGCAGUGGAGGACAAUCUAUACCCUCCUGGUUCUGCAGUGGAGGACAUUCUAUACCUUCCUGGUUCUGCAGUGGAGGACAUUCUAUACCCCCCUGGUUCUGCAGUGGAGGACAUUCUAUACCCUCCUGGUUCUGCAGGGGAGGACAUUCUAUACACUCCUGGUUCUGCAGUGGAGGACAUUCUAUACCCUCCUGGUUCUGCAGUGGAGGACAUUCUAUACCCUCCUGGUUCUGCAGUGGAGGACAUUCUAUACCCUCCUGGUUCUGCAGUGGGGGACAUUCUAUACCCUCCUGGUUCUGCAGUGGAGGACAUUCUAUACCCUCCUGGUUCUGCAGUGGAGGACAUUCUAUACCCUCCUGGUUCUGCAGUGGAGGACAUUCUAUACCCUCCUGGUUCUGCAGUGGAGGACAUUCUAUACCCUCCUGGUUCUGCAGUGGAGGACAUUCUAUACCCUCCUGGUUCUGCAGUGGAGGACAUUCUAUACCCUCCUGGUUCUGCAGUGGAGGACAUUCUAUACCCUCCUGGUUCUGCAGUGGAGGACAUUCUAUACCCUCCUGGUUCUGCAGUGGAGGACAUUCUAUACCCUCCUGGUUCUGCAGUGGAGGACAUUCUAUACCCUCCUGGUUCUGCAGUGGAGGACAUUCUAUACCCUAGAGAUUAGAUAUCGCUAUGUUUUAUACCCUCCUCCUGUCUCUCUUCCUGUCUCUCCUCCUGUCUCUCCUCCUGUCUCUCCUUCUAGACCUUCCCCUGUCUCUCCUCCAGUCUCUGCUCCAGUCUCUGCUCCAGUCUCUGCUCCUGUACCUUCCUCAUGUCAUGUGACUUAACAGGAAAGUGUUGUGUUCUAGCCAGAGACCCUCUAACCCCAAAACCCCACCUUCUACCCCCCGGCAACCACCCAGACACAGAGUUUGCCUCUCUGUGUGAAGCUUAACAGAUCAUGGCAAGGAUGGAAAGGGCGAUGACGUCCCCCACCUACCUAGUGUCCCCACCUCCACCUCUACCUACCUAGUGUCCCCACCUCCACCUCUACUUACCUAGUGUCCCCACCUCCACCUCUACCUACCUAGUGUCCCCACCUCCACCUCUACCUACCUAGUGUCCCCACCUCCACCUCUACCUACCUAGUGUCCCCACCUCCACCUCUACCUACCUAGUGUCCCCACCUCCACCUCUACCUCUACCUACCUAGUGUCCCCACCUCCACCUCCACCUCUACCUACCUAGUGUCCCCACCUCCACCUCUACCUCUACCUACCUAGUGUCCCCACCUCCACCUCCACCUCUACCUACCUAGUGUCCCCACCUCCACCUCUACCUCUACCUACCUAGUGUCCCCACCUCUACCUCUACCUACCUAGUGUCCCCACCUCUACCUCUACCUACCUAGUGUCUCCACCUCCACCUCUACCUACCUAGUGUCCCCACCUCUACCUCUACCUACCUAGUGUCCCCACCUCCACCUCUACCUACCUAGUGUCCCCACCUCUACCUCUACCUACCUAGUGUCCCCACCUCCACCUCUACCUACCUAGUGUCCCCACCUCUACCUACCUAGUGUCCCCACCUCUACCUCUACCUACCUAGUGUCCCCACCUCUACCUCUACCUACCUAGUGUCCCCACCUCCACCUCUACCUACCUAGUGUCCCCACCUCCACCUCUACCUACCUAGUGUCCCCACCUCUACCUCUACCUACCUAGUGUCCCCACCUCCACCUCUACCUACCUAGUGUCCCCACCUCUACCUCUACCUACCUAGUGUCCCCACCUCUACCUCUACCUACCUAGUGUCCCCACCUCUACCUCUACCUACCUAGUGUCCCCACCUCCACCUCUACCUACCUAGUGUCCCCACCUCUACCUCUACCUACCUAGUGUCCCCACCUCCACCUCUACCUACCUAGUGUCCCCACCUCUACCUCUACCUACCUAGUGUCCCCACCUCCACCUCUACCUACCUAGUGUCCCCACCUCUACCUACCUAGUGUCCCCACCUCUACCUCUACCUACCUAGUGUCCCCACCUCUACCUACCUAGUGUCCCCACCUCUACCUCUACCUACCUAGUGUCCCCACCUCCACCUCUACCUACCUAGUGUCUCCACCUCUACCUACCUAGUGUCCCCACCUCCACCUACCUAGUGUCCCCACCUCUACCUCUACCUACCUAGUGUCCCCACCUACACCUCUACCUACCUAGUGUCCCCACCUCUACCUCUACCUACCUAGUGUCCCCACCUCUACCUCUACCUACCUAGUGUCCCCACCUCCACCUCUACCUACCUAGUGUCCCCACCUCCACCUCUACCUACCUAGUGUCCCCACCUCCACAUCUACCUACCUAGUGUCCCCACCUCCACCUCUACCUACCUAGUGUCCCCACCUCUACCUACCUAGUGUCCCCACAUCUACCUACCUAGUGUCCCCACCUCCACCUCUACCUACCUAGUGUGCCCACCUCUACCUCUACCUACCUAGUGUCCCCACCUCUACCUACCUAGUGUCCCCACCUCUACCUACCUAGUGUCCCCACCUCUACCUACCUAGUGUCUCCACCUCUACCUACCUAGUGUCCCCACCUCUACCUACCUAGUGUCCCCACCUCCACCUCUACCUACCUAGUGUCCCCACCUCUACCUCUACCUACCUAGUGUCCCCACCUCCACCUCUACCUACCUAGUGUCCCCACCUCUACCUCUACCUACCUAGUGUCCCCACCUCUACCUCUACCUACCUAGUGUCCCCACCUCUACCUCUACCUACCUAGUGUCCCCACCUCCACCUCUACCUACCUAGUGUCCCCACCUCUACCUCUACCUACCUAGUGUCCCCACCUCCACCUCUACCUACCUAGUGUCCCCACCUCUACCUCUACCUACCUAGUGUCCCCACCUCCACCUCUACCUACCUAGUGUCCCCACCUCUACCUACCUAGUGUCCCCACCUCUACCUCUACCUACCUAGUGUCCCCACCUCUACCUACCUAGUGUCCCCACCUCUACCUCUACCUACCUAGUGUCCCCACCUCCACCUCUACCUACCUAGUGUCUCCACCUCUACCUACCUAGUGUCCCCACCUCCACCUACCUAGUGUCCCCACCUCUACCUCUACCUACCUAGUGUCCCCACCUACACCUCUACCUACCUAGUGUCCCCACCUCUACCUCUACCUACCUAGUGUCCCCACCUCUACCUCUACCUACCUAGUGUCCCCACCUCCACCUCUACCUACCUAGUGUCCCCACCUCCACCUCUACCUACCUAGUGUCCCCACCUCCACAUCUACCUACCUAGUGUCCCCACCUCCACCUCUACCUACCUAGUGUCCCCACCUCUACCUACCUAGUGUCCCCACAUCUACCUACCUAGUGUCCCCACCUCCACCUCUACCUACCUAGUGUGCCCACCUCUACCUCUACCUACCUAGUGUCCCCACCUCUACCUACCUAGUGUCCCCACCUCUACCUACCUAGUGUCCCCACCUCUACCUACCUAGUGUCUCCACCUCUACCUACCUAGUGUCCCCACCUCUACCUACCUAGUGUCCCCACCUCCACCUCUACCUACCUAGUGUCCCCACCUCUACCUCUACCUACCUAGUGUCCCCACCUCUACCUCUACCUACCUAGUGUCCCCACCUCCACCUCUACCUACCUAGUGUCCCCACCUCUACCUCUACCUACCUAGUGUCCCCACCUCUACCUACCUAGUGUCCCCACCUCUACCUCUACCUACCUAGUGUCCCCACCUCUACCUCUACCUACCUAGUGUCCCCACCUCCACCUCUACCUACCUAGUGUCCCCACCUCCACCUCUACCUACCUAGUGUCCCCCCCUCCACCUCUACCUACCUAGUGUCCCCACCUCUACCUACCUAGUGUCCCCACCUCCACCUCUACCUACCUAGUGUCCCCACCUCUACCUACCUAGUGUCCCCACCUCCACCUCUACCUACCUAGUGUCCCCACCUCCACCUCUACCUACCUAGUGUCCCCACCUCCACCUCUACCUACCUAGUGUCCCCACCUCUACCUCUACCUACCUAGUGUCCCCACCUCUACCUCUACCUACCUAGUGUCCCCACCUCCACCUCUACCUACCUAGUGUCCCCACCUCUACCUCUACCUACCUAGUGUCCCCACCUCCACCUCUACCUACCUAGUGUCCCCACCUCCACCUCUACCUACCUAGUGUCCCCACCUCCACCUCUACCUACCUAGUGUCCCCACCUCCACCUCUGCCUACCUAGUGUCCCCACCUCUACCUCUACCUACCUAGUGUCCCCACCUCUACCUCUACCUACCUAGUGUCCCCCCCUCUACCUCUACCUACCUAGUGUCCCCACCUCUACCUACCUAGUGUCCCCACCUCUACCUCUACCUACCUAGUGUCCCCACCUCCACCUCUACCUCUACCUACCUAGUGUCCCCACCUCCACCU